GCAUUUGCAGGUACAGGAGCCGAUUCUGGUUGCCGGGGUACUUAGUCCCCUGAGGGUGAUGAGCGGAGCUGCUCACGGCUAUCAGAUCACGGCCCCGCUUAUAUCCCGGAACUUCUCCGGGCCUGCGGCUCACCCCGAACUUUAUUUACUUUGCACACUCUCCAGUUUACAAGUUUGCACUCUCGUGAACUGUGUGAGGGGAAACAAAGGGAAAAAGCAAGGAGAAGGCGACUGGGGCACAACCUCUCGAGCACCCUUUCCCCCUCCCCCUCGGAGGGCCUAACCAUAUAGCCAUGACCGCGCAGGUGUCGUUUCUCGACGGCACCCUGAGCCUCAUCCAUAUACCCCUCGACCUCUACACCAGCCUCCUCCAGCCUAUCCUCAAGGUUGUCCUGCCGCCCAGCCAGGAUCCCACCCAGAGCCUUCAAGCGAACCUGACCAGCAACAGCCACAAGCAUGGCUUCCUCAACAUAAGUGUCACGCCAAUCGAGUGUUCAAUCGUCUGCAACUCAGCCUGGGCCCAGUCGGUCUUCGAGCCCGCCAUCAAGCGCCUGCCGAGGGAACAGGCCAAGUCGGUGGCAAUCUCCAAGGACACGUACGCCGCCCUCAGCGUCUAUGGCGCGGGCGUGGACGCCGGAUCGCGGGUUGCCGAUCUGACGUCCCCGUUGGCGCUGGCCGGCAUCCCUAUCUUCUUUAUCACGACAUAUUACUCCGACUUCAUCCUCGUACCGAUCAAGGACCGCCAGGUCGUGGUUAAGACCCUGCUUGGUCGGGGGUUCGUCUUUUCCGAGGACGACCAGUCGCAGCUGAUAUCCGCGCAGCCCUCACCCACAGCGACAAGCCACAACCACCACGGUUUCGGCAUCUUCGGCGGCUACAACGGACCACCCGCGGACAACCCGCCUUCCUCCCCGGCCCACAACGAGCUCAGCGAACUCCAAGAACGCACCUUCGACCUCCUCAAAAGGCGCCACGUAACCCCGCACGUCGAGCCAGGCCUGACCCUCGUCCAAUGCACCGGCAUCCGCGGCGCAGGCAUCAAUCACGCCUCCUCGCUCUCCCAUCGCUCGCGCGGCUUCGGCGCCAACGGCGACAGCCGCCGCGGCUCCAAGACGACGCCCAGCUGGGUCGACACGAUCGACACCAAGCUGUACACGAGCGUGGUGGCGGCGCUGGUCGCGCAACCCCACUUCCUGAGCGUCACGCUGGCCGACGAGGACCCGCCCUCGCUGCUGCUGGACCGCGAGCUGCUGGGCUUGUUCGGCGACUCGGUCGUCGGCCCCACCGAGGGCGCGCUCGUGCCGAUCUUCCUGGAUCUGGCCGACCUGCCGUUUGAGGCCACGGGGAUAGUGUCGGGCGUGGCGGGGCGGUUGGUGAGGGAGAUGGGCAUGGGGAACGGUAUGGCCGUGGGGAUGGGCGCGGUAGGAGGCGAUGGUGUCGGGGAGUUGAGUUACCUGUCGACGGCGAGGGCCGGGGCGGUGAUUCUGUCGAGAGAGCAGGCGGAGAUGGCGUUGCGGGUUUUGAAGCCUCUUUUGGGGAGGGAGGAACCGGGAGAAGCUUGAAAAAUAAUCUUAUGGUGAUGGUUGGAAGAAAGGCAGUCUCCUGAGACUUUGAAUGUGUACGAAAUGAUCGUGGAUGGGGAGUGGCUGGUCGGGUGGUAGUGCGAGGGCUCUCCAAAAGGUUGUCAAGGCCCAAAGGUCGUGUUU